GCGGCCCGGGCACCCGGAAGAGCCGCCGACUCCGCGGGCGCGACAGGCGCAACAGGCGGCCGAGCGGGGCUGCGCCGUGCGGACCCGGCCCGGGAUGGACAAGCUGAAGAAGGUGCUGAGCGGCCAGGACACCGAGGACCGGGGCGGCCUGGCCGAGGUUGUUGAGGCAUCUUCAUUAAGCUGGAGUACCAGAAUAAAAGGCUUCAUCGCGUGUUUUGCCGCAGGAAUUGUCUGCUCACUACUGGGAACUCUUCUGCUCUGGGUGCCCAGGAAGGGACUGUACCUCUUUGCAGUGUUUUAUACCUUUGGUAACAUCGCAUCAAUUGGGAGCACUGUCUUCCUCAUGGGGCCGAUGAAGCAGCUGAAGCGAAUGUUUGAGCCGACGCGUUUGAUUGCAACCAUCAUGGUGCUGUUGUGUUUUGCACUCACCCUGUGUUCCGCCUUUUGGUGGCAUAUCAAGGGGCUCGCACUCAUCUUCUGUAUCUUGCAGUCCUUGGCCCUGACGUGGUACAGCCUUUCCUUCAUACCCUAUGCAAGGGAUGCUGUGAAGAAGUGUUUUGCUGUAUGUCUUGCAUAACACAUGGGCAGUUGUGCAAAACUUUGGAAGGCGCUGUGGAAGGAAGCUGGUGGACAGUUCUGUAAAUAACUUCUAAACCUCUGUCUUA